AUGUCUGGUUAUUUAGAAGUGAAAUACCCGUUCAAAUCGCACCUCGUCGGGCUAAAUCCCUUUAAGUCAUGGAAGAAACAAUGGUGCAUUUUAAGACCUAGUGUGACUUGUAAGGGUGGCGGGUCGUUAGCUGUAUAUUGUAGUGAGGCUGGAGCGCCCGCGGGAACAGUGGAGCUGCCAGCAGGCUGUUCUGUGAAAAGGGCGAAGUCGCGUACCAGACCGCAUGCGUUUGCUGUAUUUUCCCUUGACUCGCCGUCGAAGCCGCGCAUUUUACUUGCCGCUCAAACCCUUCAAGAGGCGCAAGUAUGGAUGGAUAAAAUUCGUGACUUAUUGAACACAGAUAAAUUAAGGGGCUCCGAAUCAUUACUAAAAGAUUCAUUUCCUGUAACGGUUCUUGCUACUGAACUAUCCAGAAAGUGCGGUCUCAUGACCGACAGUGUACUCACACUGUCUUCAGCUGGGUUGCUAGUGUCGCAGAUGACUGCCAGCACAAGAGUAGACUGGCAACACAUAACUGAUGUGCUACUGACAAGGGAGAAUGGGGACAUGAAUAAAACUUGCACUCUUAGUAUAGAUAGUGGUUUCUCUCAGGGCUGUGGGGAAAUGAAGUUCUGUACUCCAUUAGCAAAUGAACUGGUGAGUGCGGUGCGCCAGGCGUUAAGUGCGCGACACAAGAAACUCAGUCGGAGUGAUGGGGAUUUGAGAAGAGAUGAUAUAGGCGAAAAUCGCCGCACGAGCUGGUACAGUGGACCUUCUGAAAUAUCUCUAGACGACACGGAUCUCAUUAUAACUAAGGACUAUCACAGUAUCCCUGAUGGAAAUCUCUCACGGUGUCCCGAGCUGAACUGUGAAGACAAACUCACUCCGCUUUCUCCUGAUGACAGUGUGUGGUCCCGUCGAUCUACAGUCUCCGUAGUGUCCGUCUCGUCCGGGGUCUACGAAGAGAUAGCGGAGGAGUGGUCCAGGUGCGACGUCCGCAACGUCGACCACACGUACGAGUCCGUCGAGUGCGUGUACGGCACGAUGCGGAGGGCGGGACGCCGCGGGGCUCCGCCCUUGCCCCCCAGACAGAACUUUGGUACGAUGAAGCUAGGCCAGUGGAAGAACGGCGGCGCAGUAACAGGGACAGACAGCACAGUCACGAGACACAGUUCGUUGGGCUCCUUGCAACACUGCACUAAAGGACAUCGCUAUAAAGGCACCUUCAGUGUCUUCAGGAAACGUCUAAAAAGCGACUCUCGCGUGACGUCACCGAAGUCCGAGAAAGAGACAAAAGACAACGAAACAAAAAAGAAGAGAUUCGACUUCACACCCACGCGAGACAUCUUCAAGAGCUUCAAGGUCAACAGGAAGAUGAAGAAUCUCAAAAUCACAGGGAACCUGUCAAAGGGCGAGACGAAGAGUUGCGAGUUCUUGGACGAAACGGAACAUGUCUCGACGAAACGCUGUUCCAAGUCCGUUGAGUGUAUCGAGAAGUUCGACGAUUUCGAUGUUUCACUCGAAAUUAACGAGACAAACUUGUCCGCUCUGGCUUUGCCGGAGGAAAUAGUGGAGUUGAUAUUUGGCAGUGAGAAGAUAUUGGCGACGAAUUAUGAACAGAAUGAGAACGAAUAUAUGCCAAUGUCGCCGAUAGUACCGCCGCCGCCGAUAGAACAACACUACAUAGUUAUGUCGCCCAAAGCGAAUAUCGCUUGA